AUGGAGGUGAUUGAGGUCGAUACAUUGGUCUGUGGUGGAGGUAUGUCCGGCAUGGCAUGCGCUGCGUUUGCAGCUAGCGCAGGAGCCAAAACACUUGUAGUAGAGAAACAGGAAGAGAUCGGUGGAUCGUCUGCUCUCUCUGCUGGGAUGUUCUGGGCGCCACAUACAUAUGACAAAUUACGCGCCUGGGUACCUGAGGGAGAUCCAGUUCUUCAACAAGCCUGGUUGGAUGAGUAUCUUCCAGCAGUGCAAUGGAUGCGAGACAAUGGAAUUCCGACCGCACAGCGAUUCGAUGGAAUUAUGACCAUAGGCAUCGGAUUCCCUAUCAAGAUUCCUCAACUUCAUGCCCUUCACCGAAGUCAAAUCGAGGCGAGUCAGAAUGGCUCCGCGGUUUGGACCAAUACCUCUGUGGUCAAGCUCACUCAGGAGCAGCCAGGAAUACCCGGAUCACGAGUAACAGGUGCUAUUAUCCACCGAAAGGUUCCUGGUUCACCAGCAAAAUAUUACGAGGUCAAAGCGAAGGUGGUGGUCAUGGCUACAGGAGGGUUCCAGGGAUCUCCUCAAAUGACUGCCACGUAUCUCGGACAGGGUGGUGACAAUAUCUUUGUGCGAUCUAACCCAGGCUCUGUGGGUGAUGGACUUGGUCUAGCCUCAAGAGUAGGAGCUGGAACGAGUCGGGGUAUGAAUACAUACUAUGGCCAUCUUUUGGCAGCACCCGUAAGGGCGCAAGAUGUAGAUCCGAAGGACUACCUGCCACUGGCACAAUACCAGAGCAAGUACUGUUUGUUGAUUAACGAGGGAGGUCGACGCUUUGCUGAUGAGACAAACGGCGAUGAGAUUGUGAACCAAUAUCUGGCGAAGCAAGAAAAGCGUCGAGGAUUCUUGCUUUUCAGUGAAAAGACUCGCCUUCAGCACUGCGUCGGUGCACCAUUCCCCAAUGCUGGAUCUAUCGAUCGCUUGAAGAAAGCCCGCGACUAUGGCUGCAAUGUUGGCUCUGCGACUACCAUCAGCGGAUUGAUUGAAGUUCUCCGCCAAUGGGGUGUAGAUUCCGCACACGCCUCAAAGACUAUCCAAGAAUAUGGUCACGUUGUGCGUCUCACAAAGUCAGGAAUUGCACUUGAUGCUCCCGUGGGCCGUGGUGGCCCACCUCCUGCAUCUCUUGUUGAAGGCGAAGGGCCAUUUUAUGCCAUGGAGGUUCAACCAUCCAUCACAUUCACUUAUGGGGGAAUUUCGAUUGACAAGCAGGGGCACGCAUUGACACCCGAUAAGACUGCAAUUCCAGGUUUAUUGGUUGCUGGUGUCGAUGCUGGUGGUUUCAGCAACCUUGGAUAUGCCGGUGGCCUGGCUCUUGCAUUUGUAACAGGUCUAUGGGCUGCUCGGGGAGUUGCACGAGAGCUAGGAUUACCGGAGCCUCGUCUGCCGGCUGCAGAUGCAAAGGAUGCGGCACCCAUGAAAGGUCGUCUAUAG